AUGAUCGGCCUGCCUGUCCUAAUUGCCGUCGCGGUCGGAGGCUCGAGCUUGCUCAUUGUCGCCGCGAUCUUGGGCGUGGUGGUCUGGUGGCGGAUGAGACAAGACCGGCUGUCGUUAGCGAUGGCUCAAGCUCGUCAUGCUACAAGUCACCAUGGACAGGUGUGCAGCAGUUUCGUAACAGAGUCUCCAAUUGAGUCGCCACUGGCUACAUAUCCAUACCCUUACAUGCGCCACGAAUAUAUACCUGUUGGGUCACAGGAAACCCUCCAGCCUUCUAUCUCUCAAGUCAGAAACUCUCCACCUCCAACGCUCAAGAAAGAGAAAUCCAAAUCUAUCCGAAGGUCAAUAUCAAAGUCCUUGUCAAAGAGUCUCUCUAUUGGGAAGAGCAGCCAGAAGCAGGUGCACCCAGAGCCUAUACCAGUCUCUCCUUUGAAUGAAACAUUUCCAAUGCCCUUCCCAAACGCGAAGGAGAAGGAGCCCAAAUCGGCCAUCGCAGGCUUAUCGGAGCUUCCUACCGAGAUCACGCCUAGAAAUACGCCGGAAAGAGAAAAACAUGAUAUUAUCCAGCUCGAAAUGUUAAAUAGUCGCCCCGGAUCUACUGCAUGGCCCCUCCUACAACCAGACCGAAUUUCUUCCGUUGCUGGUGGGCAACCUGCGCUUUUGAAUCGUUAUCCAACGAGAAUUCGCAGUGGCAGCAUUACUGCCCAAACAGCUGGUACAGCUCCAGAGAUGCCCAUGCCUCCACUACCCAUGGGGCCCACACAACCCUACCAAUUAUCCCGAGAAGACUCUUUGAUGGGUAUGUCAUCGUUAAGCUUAGAAACAGCCAACAGCUCUAUUCUAGAUGAUGGGCUUCAAAGGUCGAUGUCUAUGGAUGGCGAACACAAUACUUCCCCUUCUUUGCCGCCUUGCCCUACCUUUACGCCGUUCAGUCCAUAUGACAUUGUGAUCGGGGGCAGUGUUGCAAGGAAUUGUGCAGCGCAGAGAAGAUCACAGUCACAAAGGCUAUCCUCAUCUACUGCUCGCCUCACCUAUGUAUCGACGGAUUCCUACAAAGGAGAUUCAGAUGAUAGACAUUCUCCUCGACGGAGUUUGACUACGCGAGAAGUGUCGCCCCAAUCUUCUGAGUGGGCUAGUGAGCUACCGCGCCGAAGCGAGACCGUCAUAUCCUCAUCUUCUCUGGGUCGUUCAAGCAGCCGCCCAUUGAGCAGCGUUUCAGGUGCUAGCCCGAAAACCUAUUACUCUACAACUGGACAAGGCCUGUAUUCAAGCCAAGAAUUUGGUACUCAGAGUAACCGCCAAGGACGGUAUUCAAUGUAUGAAACGCAACAGGGGAGGGAGGAGCACAUGGCAAACUUUAGUAAGAGCGUAGGGGACAGACCAAAGUCAAGUCUGACACAGAGUCCACGAGGGGUGAAAGACAGCCCUGGCAAAGGACCAUUGCCAUCGGCUUUGAAAUCAGCCCAGGGCAUGCGAAAAGGUCAUAGGAGGCAGAACUGUGUGCGAAUUUCUAUUCAUCCACCUAUCACAUUUGGGGGACCAGCUUUCUCACCCAUGCUUGAAGAGCCUGAAGAAGUUCUAGAUUUAGAUAAUGAUUUGACGGCUCCAAAAUCGCGAUCUGAAUCAGCUUCACUUCUUGCUACAAAGACAAACUCAAGCCAUGAUGGGCCCGUUCAGAAGCACGCUCGUCAUCGCUCAACUGGGUCUAUUCCAGGGGAGCCUUCAAUUCUUUCCAAUUCGCCUAGCAUAAAUUCUCGUAUCCCUCGCCCGAGCACCUCAAGAAAAAGACCCCACUCGCGAACCAACUCCGCUGAUGAUGUGUUCAUGUCGGAGAAUCGGAUUAUUAUACCUGAGCCUAGCUCCGAGGCAAUUGUUGAAGAAAAUCAUACAUUAUCAAGCACCCCCUCGCCAGAAAAACACCAUCCGUUAUGGUCUUUGCCUCACUCUAAUGAGUUUGCUGGUUCCUCGCCUAUCUUUCCCACAAACGCUUCUACAGGUAGUCCCCGACGACCAGGGCCCAAGGGUCCUCGUAUUCAACCCAUAAAGGCGCAACGAAAUACUGUUCCUUCCCCUUCGACCUCUCAGGCUAUCGACAAUGGUGUUUACAUGUUCACUGCAGGAGGACCCAGUGGUGAUGAAUCCCCGACCUCAAAAUUGAAGGGACGAUCCUUAGCUCUUGUCGCUUCUCCCACAAGAGAUGUUCGUAAAUCAAUUACGCUUCUUCGUCGGAUGAAUAGCGACGCUUGGGAUGACGAGUCAAAACAAUACCGACGAAUGGGUCGAAACACCAGUAUCAAUAAACCCAGGGGCAAUAAAUUCACAACACCUCCAUCAAGCAACCGCAAUUCGUUGCUGAGUAACGACAGCUUAACGAUUUGGGAAGAUGCGAGUGAAGAUGACAAAUUUACACCGCCACCAGAACGCCGGAAGAAGCAUCCAUUCAAGACCCUUGAGCGCAUUGACUCAGAGGGCACUACUGAAGAAUACUUGAACCCGACGACGAGCUCCGAUUCAUCUCGCCAAUCCACUAUCCGUCAGGUACCACCGAGCAGCAGUAUCAUUACCUUCGGAGACCACGAUCGUGAAGCUAAAGCAAACAGCGACAGCAGUGAUGAGCAUGUCCAUAAGCCUGCGAAAAGAGUUGCUGUCAUGGCAACACCUAACAAAAACCAAGGAUAUGGAAGUGUUGCGGUCACCCCAGGAAGUCUGUACGACGGUGAUGGCUUCCUGAAGGAAUGA